AUGGGGAGGCGGGCAGCCGGAGGAUACGGCCCGGGAGCACGGGGCCGGGGGGACGCGCUGCCAGCCCCUCCGUCCGUCGGCUCUUUGUCCGUCCGUCCGUCCGUCUGUCAGGCGGCCCCGCUGGCCCCAUCCCCGCCGCCCCGGCGCGGCCUGCGCGGCCCCGCGGCUCCGGCCGGGAGAGCGGGCGGAGCGGGAGCGGCAGGAGCAGCGGGAGCGGCGGGAGCAGCGGGCGGAGGGCGCCCGCCGCCUCCUCAUCCCCCGCUCCGCGCCGGCCUCCCCGCGCCGGGGCCAAGCGCGGCCCAUGCGGGACGCGCCGCGCCGCGGCCCCCCCUUCCUUCCUUUCCCGUUCCUCUCCUCCUCCUCCCUCCCUCCCUCCGCGCACCGAACGGCCCCGAACGGCCCCGGCUCGCCCCCGCCGGCACUUACCGGCCGCAGAGCUGCGAGGAGAAGGCGGCCGGGCCGGGCCGGGCCGGGGCGCGGCGGCGGCGGCGGCUCAGAGCGGCCGUGCCGCGGCCCCGGGCAUGGCGGGGUUGGCUGGGCGCGGGCGGGGGGGGCCGGCGGGGCGGCGGCGGCGGGGUGAGCCUGGGGGAAGCGGCGGCGGCGGCGGCUCCUUCUUCUUCUUCUUCUUCUUCUUCUUCUUCCUGCUGCUCCGCGGAGCGUCCGCGGGCGGUGACAGCGACACCCGGCCAGAGCGCCGCGCGCGCGCUGCACCACGGGAAACGCGCCCGGAGGACCGGCGGGACGGCAGCGGGAGGAGGAGGAUGGGGAGGAUGGGGAGCGAGGGAGCGAGGACGGGAGCGGGAUCCCCGCCGGGGCUGCGGCCGCUGGCGGGGCGGGCGGUGCCGGGUUACGCGCGGGUCAGGAGGCCGGCGCGGGCAGCGCUCCCACGGCCGCGCCGGCCCCGGGCGGAGGCGGGGCGGGAGAGCCCCUUCGGCCUCGGGCCGGGGCUGCCCCCCGCUCCCUCCGGGGUUGUUCCAGCGCCCUCACUCCCAGCAGGGGCUCCCGGGGGAGAGGGGGCCGGAGCGGCCGCGGUCGGUGCCAGGGAGGAGGCUGAAGUGUCACAGGGUUGGAAGGGACCUCUGGAGAUCAUCCAGUCCAACCCCCCCGCCAAGGCAGGGUCACCUGGAGCAGGUGACACAGGAACGCCUCCAGGUCCUGUUAGAAGUGAGACGCAUCUGCCCGGUGACUCAGCUUUGCCAAGGGUUUCAAGUUCCUUCAGCAAGAGGCAUUAAUAAGGUUCUGCAUCCUCACACAGGUCUUCAACAGGAAGUGGCUUCAGAAGUAACUGUACAGAUCAACCAGAACUAUCACGUUUGACCUCCUGCAUGACAAACUGAAGGAUUUAAUUCAGAAAUUUAUGCUUCAAGACAGUAACUUCUGUUGAAGCGGCAGCUGAUCUGGAAAGAUCCUGUUUGGGAAUUUGAGAGAGAAGUCCACCAGUUAGAUAUGUUUUUUAGAUGGCCUCUUAGCCUAACUCUCAAAUUUAUGCCUUCGUACUUGUCUGAAUUCAUUAAGCCUGAGCUUCUAAUCAUUAGUUUUAGCUAUCAGAUUUAACGACUGCAUUUAAGGAUUUUUAACUCUGUUUUCCAGGUCUUUCUUUAUCCUUGCAACUCUUUAUAAAUCCCCUUCCAGUUUUUUAAAAACUAUUUUUGUUUGUUUGAAAAUACUGUUAGCCUGGGCCUACUGCUCAGUCAUUUAGCCCACAGACAGGUAAAUUAACAAACAUCAAGUGCAGCUUUUUUCACCACCCCCUCAUAUCCACCUAACCUUUUAUCUGCACCUUUGGAGUGAUGUACAAAGUCUAAUGAUGUGACCUGUCCUACUGACUCUGCCCAGGGUGAUGUUUCCUGCUGCUUCUCUGUCCUUCCUCAUGUAAAACAAGGAUAUGGCAUGUCUGUCUUCUCCCCUUCCCCAUGUGGAUGUCACAACUCACAGUUAAUAGUCUCAUUCCUUCCAACACAUACAAUUGGCUUUUCUUGAGUUUUAAAAAAAAAAAAUCUGUUGGACUA